AUGUCGUCACAACAGCCGCCGUGGAAUCACCAACAAACUGAAUGGUCCGAUCACCAAACACCUGCCUCGCAUGAAGAAAACUAUGAGAAGGACUAUGACCACGGCUCCUACCAUGAAGAGUACCCUUACGAGGAGGCUGCUGUGGUUGGGCAGCUCAACGGCCAUGCCGGCCAUGCCAGUGUCCCCCAACAGGGCCACCCCCAGGCCUGGAACCAGCAAGGACUGACUGAGUACCAGCAUGAGGAGCAGCAGUAUGGUGAGGGAUACACAUACACCAGCGUGGGUACUGAGCAGUCUGCAGCAGCCGGCCCUGAUUUCUCCACGGAGGAAGGGGGCUAUGGCGAUGAGCUGUACCCACGUGGAGCUGUUCUGCCUGGGGUGGAGUACCAGAGAGUAGUGGGGGGCCAUGGGGACGAGCAGCACUACGCUGGUGGGGAUCAGAACAGCACCAGGAAACAUGUCCAAAAGUUUGACAGCGGGGGCUCAGGAGACCAUUAUAAGGCCAACUACAACCCCUACCAGCCUGCCGUUCAGCCCAAGAUGUUCAACUCGGAGGUCCCCCACCAGCACCUCGACGACCACUAUGACCAGCUGCAGAGAGACUUCCUGGACUCGGCACAGAGUACUGCAGACACUCAGCAGCUAGCCCAGCUUCAGAUCCUSAACAAGGCCCAGCUGAGACAGAUCGAAGACCUGGAGCAGAAACUGGAGGAUUCAAGACGCAAUAUGAGAUACCUGGAGCAUCAGUUUGCCAUCGUGAGAGAUGAGAAGGAGGGUCUGGCUGUGAGUCUGAAGGAGUCCUGCAGAGUGAUGGAGGAGGCCAAGGAGAGAGAGGUGCUGCUGCAGACUAGCGUUACGUCUCUGGAACUGCAGGUUCAGGCUCUUACCGACCGAGAUCAUGAGAACACCAAGAAGCAGCGUGUGGCGGAGGCGGCGGUGGACAGCAUGCAGCAACAGAUGACAGAACUGUGUCGGUCAGACAGUCUGUCUAGACUCCGAGAGCAACACGACAGAGACCUAACAGUGGUCAGAGAGCAGCACGACGCCAAGCUGUUGGUGUUACAGCAGAGACUGGACACCUGCAAUCAGGCCCUGGAAGAACAGGCGGAGGUGGUUCAGGGUCUGCGUGAUCAGGUGAGGCAGCAGGAGAGACGGAGAGAGGAGGAGCAGGUGGAGAGAGCAGGAAUCAUCAACACUCUCACACAGCGCCUGCAGGAGAGCCAACAGCAGUGUGCCAAACUGCUACAGACUGGUUCAGUCCAGGAGAUGGGCCAGCUGCAAAUGAAACUACAACAGACUCAGUCAGCCAAGACCAUGAGUGACAACAUGAACAAAGCCUUGCAGGAGGAGUUAUCUGAGCUGAAGGAGCAGGUCUGUCUGUAUGAGUCUGCUGUGAAACAUGGAGUACUCUCUGUUGAGGUGACCGGGGGAGAUAUCUGGGAGAACCAGCUGUCUGACUCCUAUGUAGACCUGGGGAUCAAGAAGACUCACUGUAAGAACGGACAAAUUCACAGUACUCCUCUGGUGGAAAUGUCUGAGCCCAACUCAAAGCUGCCCAGAGAGAAGGAGGACGGGGCUGUGAAGGAGCUCCGGGCAGAGUUACAGCGCUGUCUGGCCAGUCUGAAGGGGAAGAGGCAAAGGAUCGGUCAGCUGCAGGACCAGCUACGGGACUCACAGGGACGGGUGGACCAGCUACAGACCAAGCUAGACCAGGAACAGACCAGCAACACAGCAGAAACCAGACCAAUGGACACACAUCCAGAUGUAGCUUCCCAGAAAGAGCUGUCCAGGCUGCAGGAGGACAAGCAGCGCCUGCAAGAACGCCUCGAGACGCUGGAGAAGAAGAACGUGGAGCUGAAGCAGAGGGAGGAGAAAGUGAAGGGGGCCAACUCAGAGCUGUGUACCAAGAUGAGAGAGAUGAUCCAGGAGCUGGACCAGGAGAAGCAGGAGGCUGCUCAGAGUUGA